AUGUGUUUCAAUGGUCUUCAGUCAAUUACAUCAUUAGAGCAGCAGUUCCUUGAACUUCGGAUCCCGGAACUCGACUUGCUAAAUACCCCAGAGACCACUAUCAAGGCCGUCCUUGCAGACAUCUACAAAAUAUCGGAGGAGCUUCACAUGCAUUUACAAGGAGGACCACUGGCGGACGCUCCUCAGCAAUCCAAAAAGGACGGCGGCAUUGUCAUUUCUGGCGAGACUCAACGGCAAAAGCGGAUCAAGGAAAUUCUCGACAGGAUUGUCCGUGAGACCUCUCUCUACGAGGAGUUUGUCCGGAACUCUAACUAUCUGAACCUGGAUUCAAUUUUGAACGAGGUGUCAGACGACGAUGAGCAUGAACUACAGGGAUUCGGGAACCUCAGGGGCGGCGGCACGUCGGAGAUGGAUUCAGCGUCGGAUAUUCAUCGCGAAGAUACCCUCUCACAGACCUCUAUUAUGUCUGGACAUCAGUACGGACACGUUGGCGUUACUUCGUUGCCUAGCUCGCCCCUGUCAGGGCUGUCGUUUCGAUCCGUUGAGCCUAUGCAUCGCCUUCGUCCUCACCCACUGUCCCACGCUGGACCUGGCUCAGUCGCUUCAUCGUCUGCAAUCACGGGACGCCAUUCAAGGACGUCGUCGAUCUCAUUUUCAGUAUCAGGGAUCAACAACCUCUCGGAUUCUCAUUCACCAGGUCCUGGCGCUGGCGCUGAGCCCUGGGAGACCUUCAGAUGGACACCAUUGCUCAAACUCUCAGACCAGCUUUUCUCUGACGAUAUCAAGGCCUCGUCAGGAUUGGGAACAUGCAUCGCGGUUUCUAAUAUCAUCGCGGUGGGUACCAGUCGAGGAUCCAUCUUGGUAUACAGUACCACUCAGGCACUUAUGGGCAUUUUUGGCAAUCCGCAAUAUGCACUGGAGCACGGGUCGGUGUGUUCUAUUGCCAUCUCUUCCGAUAACACGUACAUGGUAGCUGGACACUCUCUUGGAAGCGUCAUUGUCUGGAACGUGAGCAAACCCAACGCCCCAUCCAGGAUCAUUCCUCCCAUUGCCAAGGAUGUUGCGUUAUCAGGAAGGAAGCUUGGACAUAUCCGAGGAUCUGCGGUUUUGAAUGUUGGUUUUAUUGGAAUCAAGCGUGCCGAAGUCGUCAGCGCCGAUGACCAGGGCAUGUCGUUCCACCACCUCUUGUACAAAGUCAUGAUGGUCAACGCUGUGGAGACGACGCGCCUUCUUGGAAAAUACCCAAGUCCAAAGUUCUUGCUGAUCGUGUGCGUAAAGCCGCAGCCUCAGACACUUUUCAAGUUUGUGAGACCCAAGGAGCUUCAGAGUAGGGACGGCGAAUCAACGGCGGUGAUAUCUGAUAGUGAAGUUGUGGAGACGAACCCAAUGCUUGCGUUCUCGUGGAACCGACACUUGUACAUUUUUCAGGUUCUCAAAGCAACUGGACAGAGCCAGGAACUGGGAUCCGUGCACCUCAACCCUGACCGAAAGUCGGCACCAGAGGCGAACGGGAAGACCCCGAAGCUCGACUUUGUCAAGAUUGGCGAUUGGAUUUGUAGGGAAGGCAUCGUUGGAAUUCAGUGGGUUCGACCACAGAUCCUACUGCUUUUGACCAACACGGAAGACAUCAUUGUCUUUGACCCCAAGCUCAUGUGCGAGACAGAGAGGUGCAGUGGACGCUCGUUGCAGAUUGUCUAUCACGACUGGUUCAGAGACGUUGCCAAAGUACAUCGCCCUCCUGCCGCUAUCGCCUCGGUUGACUCCAAGCCAGUAAUAGGCGACAUGAGCUACAACAAUAGUUGGAGAGUCCAUAAAGGAAAACUCUUUGUCCUUGGUGUGCGUCGAGUCCAAGUUGGAACGAUCCUCAACUGGACUGACCGCAUUUUGGCAUUGGUCAAGUCUGGCGACUUUUUGGAAGGAAUUGCACUGGCGACAUUAUUCUACACAGGAAAAUCGGUUCAAGCAGCAGUAGUAGGACUGCCGGAGGACGAGUCGACACGCAAACAGGUUGUCGGAGAGAAGAUCUACGAGCUCUUGACAGCAUCCCUCAACUACACAUUCAACCCGGAGCGGAUGAUGGAUGUUGACGCGGACGCGGCCGCUGGAGGAGUUGGGGCCGGCACUGUUCUGUUCCACGAUCUGGCCAUCCAGGCUAUCGAGACAUGUCUUUCCAUCGAUGACCAAGGAUUUCUGUUCGAGGACGUGUACGAGCGAUAUGCCGAAGCUAGCACACUUGUCAGGGGAAUCUUCCUUCAAUCUCUGGAGGGGUACAUUCUUCAGGAUCGACUCACCGAGAUGCCGCCGCAGGUGAUGCAGGCCUUUGUCAAGUGCUACGGCGACCGCGGGAUGUACAAGGCCCUGGAACUCUGCAUAUGUCACACGCCAUGUCAUGUUCUCGAAAUGGACCAGAUCGUGGACCUUUGUCAAAAACACCAGCUCUACAACGGCCUGAUCUACGUCUGGAACAAGAGUAUCGGCGACUAUGUCAGUCCAGUCGUGGAGUUGCUUCGCGUAAUCAAGAGUAUCCUGAAGGAGAGCCAGUCAGCGGACUCCCUUGAGGAGAGUGGCGAUGAGCAGGACCAACCAAGUUCCUACAAGGAGGAGUCUUCUCUUUCUAGGGCGAUCUCGGACGACAAACCAGCACAGCCGGAGCGACUUUCGAAUCAGGAAAUUGUGCAAAAGUUGUAUGGAUAUCUUGCCGACAGUCUACUCGGCAAGUCCUACAUCGACGGGACAAAAUUGAAGGAAGCAGAGGCGGUGGCGGCCAAGGUUUCUCUCUACUCGUUUAUCUUUUCAGGACGGUGCGUGAUGUGGCCGCCUGUAGGAGGCCAACUCAUUCUUACCCGGGAUGCUGACAACGCCGACGAUGCAGAGCCGACCUACCCGUACCUGAAGCUGUUUUUGAAGCACGACAGCGAGGAAUUCCUUAAAGUCAUCGACCUUGCCUUUGAGGACAGCUACCUUGCUUCGACAAAUCGUGACUUUUCUCAGGUUACCAGGAACGGACAGGACGGCCCAGGUAGAGUGAUGAGUCGCCAGCUCAUCAUCAAUACCCUGUUGGAGGUCCUCACGCCUAGCACGUCGUUCUCGAAUAUGUCCAUCUCUGACAUGAACGGCGACAACACUCGCCCUCUUGAGGAGUACACCCCCAAAGAUAUGGCCCACCUCUACAGCUUUAUUGCACGCAACUACGCCAAAUCACCCAAAGCCCUUGCCCUGUCACCAACAACCCUUCACAGGAUCCUCACCCGACUUUCGAGCGACACGGACCCAUCAACAAGAGAGGAGCGACAAGUGGCAGUGCAGGCCUUGCUUCGAUGCUACUCACCGGCGGACGAAGCAGGCAUGAUGACUCUCUACACCGAGGCAGGAUUUUACCGUGUGCUGGAGAAGAUGUAUCGGUCCCAGAAGCAGUAUGGACCUAUGGUAGUGACAUUCCUCAAGGAUCCUGAGCGCCGCCCUCUAGUGUUUGAAGCGAUCCGUAAGCUGCUCGACCCUACCAGACCGCAGCGCAUCAACAUUACCGAGAAGCAGAGGACUGACAUUGUCAAGACAGCGAUGGAGCACAUUGCCGAGAUUGUCGACAUUGACGGCGAGCAGGCAGCCCUUCUCGUUCACAGGUACCUGAAUGCCGAGCAUCGUUCUGUCCUCGAGACUCUUCACGGAUCCAAGCCUCGUCUCUUUGCCUACCUUCGCGGAUUGCUUGAACCCUCAAAUAUCCCCGUUGCGGACCGUGCCCCUCCCUUGGACGGAGACUAUACAUUAGGAAGCCAUUCGAAGAUCGAGAACGACAGCGAACGACUCAUCGGUGCCUCAGCGAUCACGGACCCGGAAAUCCACGAACAGUACGUCGAACUCCUGUGCCAAUACGACCCGUCUGGUGUUUACGACUACCUGGAGAGACAUCAAGAUAACAGCUAUCGUCUGGAGAAGGUGCUGAAACUCUGCGAGAACGCUGGGGUUGUAGACGCUGUCGUCUGGAUCAUGGAGAGGAGCGGCAAUGUUGGAGGUGCACUGAGCAAGGUGUUGGAGAUUGUACAGGAACGUAUAGAUAUUCUGGCGGGUUUGGUCAAGUCCAAGGAGGAUGGCAAGGUCCAGGAUAAGUACUGGUCGAUGGAGGAGCAGUCUAACAUGCGUGCCAGCUUGGUGCGCCUUCGAGGUGUGUUGAACGUGGGUAAACAGCUCUGCGAGCGACGGAGUCAGAAGGUCAAGAUCCUGUCGCAUACCACCACCGCCCCCGCGCAGCCAAAGUCAACAGCAGAGAGUGACACUGAGACGCUGUGGUUUAGAUUGUUGCAGGUGUUUGUCGCAGCCUCGAGGAAGAUGACCCUGUUGAUUGCAUCGAGCCGCAUGGAGAAGGACGAUCAGGACGACGAACCGCUUCCCAAAACCACGCUAAGCACGCUUUUGAUCGAAAAUGCACCACCUGCGCUAUUUUCCAACUCGACACCCGAGAGCCAGCAUUCGUUCCAAGUCAUUGACCAGCUCUCGAACAACUUCAAGGGCUUUGUCCAGUCGAUCCUAGCAACGUUGCUUCUUUCGACCUCUACCCCGCAGGUGUCGCUCCCAUCCCUGUUGAGACGGCUUUUGAAGUCAGAGUCUGCCGACGAGGGCGAGCUGAACCGAUUCUCGGAUUUCAAGGACAUUUUCCUGGGUAUGCUCGACACGUUCAAGUACGAGGGACAGCUGCUGGAGAUGACAAACAACCUGUUUGAGCGGGACUUGUUCUUGGGCGUCCAGCUGAUUGCGAAAACAAGAGCCAAGGGUUGGAGGCCACGGAAGGGUAACUGCGAGAUCUGUGGUGGAGCGUUCUGGGGUCCCAAUAUUGUUCGGGAACUCUGGGUUCAACAACAGCGGGCCGCUGCCAGUGCCAUCAAGGCGGCAUUAUCGACUAGCGUCACCUCUGACUCUGCAACCAACUCUGAAUCGGCCUCACCAGCUCCACCAACAACCACGGAAGCCAACGGUGUCACAAUUGCUGAUAAGGAGAAGAGUUUGACGGACAAGGACCUCCUACUCUUCCGCUGCGGGCACGGAUACCAUCGCCAGUGUCUCGAGAUGGAGUCCGCGUCGGCCCCUGUUCUGCCGUCCAACGGUCCCAAUCUCCACAGCCAACUCAUGCAACCUCUCGGACAAUCACCAUCACCUGCUCUCAGGGUUCUCAACUGUGCUGUGUGCAAUGGUCAUAUCAAGGCACCGCGAGCAAGAACCUCCUCGCGUCCCACAUCCCGGAGCGAUAGUCGCCAUCAUCAAAACCGCCAUCACCCUAACCAGCGAUCUUCAAAGUCUGUCAAAGGAGGAUGGACGACCAUAGAAUCCCCGACACCACGGGCGAGCACUCAGCCUUCGAGGAUGACGAUGGUCGUGACCCCUCCACCACCGCCGCCAGUUAGGGAUAUGACGACACCUGUCAACGACCGGCCGCAAACACCUGUGAAUGGACAGGAUGCAGACGGAUACGAGUCUUCCGGUCCUGGCGGGCAGUACCAGAACAGUAACGAGUACGAGGCAGCAACGAGCCCGAGCAUGAAGAGCGACAAGGGCAAAGGACGAGCACAAUACUAA